AUCUUUGGUAUAAUGUGGUUCAGAACUCUUAGAUGAGUUACGCACCUCUGUCCGCUCCUUAUUUCCUUGAAAUCGCCCCAUAAGUUCCAUCUGGCUGGCGGAAGGAAGUCCACCAGUGACAUAUCGUAUAUCGGGCUUCGCAAAUGCCACCGUUCUUUGGCAUCCCCCGAGUGCAUAAUACCUCAUGGAUCUGCAACGCAUGCACGCAAUCCCUUCGAAACACUCCUCUUCGACUUGAACCAUGCCGGCAGCGGCUAGCUGGUCCAUCAUGGAUUCCGCAAAUGCGGGCACAGGCCACCAAAAGCGGUAAUCGAUCGCAUGGGACGCCGAAUCCGAAGCGAUCUCGACAGCGAAGGCGAGUGUUACUAGCAGUAGGGGGUACGGGGCUGCUAGCAGCGGCCACGGUCAGCGAUGAUGCGAAGCAUGCUGCGAAACAUGCUGCGAAGGCGGUAGAGCGGACGGGCAGCAUCGUAAGCACUUUGGCCGUUUGCGUUAACGACUACCGAGUCACCCUUAAUCAAGACUAUCAAGAUGCCGUGGCCUUCGAUACCCUCCUCAAAGCCUGCCACAAACGAUGUGCACUUCGAACACUCAAAACAAUGGAACGGAAUGGGUCGAUCUUCAUCAAGCUGGGUCAGCACCUGAGCAGCCUGAAUUAUCUUCUUCCACCGGAGUGGUGCGAAACCUUCGUCCCGCUGCAGGACAAGUGUCCCGUGUCCGCGUUCGAGGAGAUCGAGGCGAUGAUCCUGAAAGACACGGGACGGCCCUGGUCGGACUUCUUCGACGACUUCGAACCCACGCCCAUCGGUGCCGCGUCCCUGGCGCAGGUCCAUAUAGCGACGAUGAAAGAGACGGGCCAGAAAGUGGCCGUCAAGGUUCAGCAUCCAGCUCUGGACGAAUGGGCUUCGCUGGAUCUCGCUCUUACACGCUUCUCCUUCGCAACCCUCAAGUACUGGUUCCCCGAGUACGACCUCACAUGGCUUUCCAACGAGAUGGAGCUCUCCCUCCCCCAGGAGCUCGACUUCGACCACGAAGCAGCCAACGCGAACCGUAUCCGCGAAUAUUUCGCCCGCGUGCCGAACACUCCGCUAGUCAUUCCCCAGGUGCUCUGGUCACGCCGCCGGAUCAUCGUCAUGGAAUAUCUCGCGGGUUCCCGGCCGGACAACCUCACCUAUCUCGACGCGAACCACAUUGACCGGGACGAGGUAGCGGCGGCGUUGGCGCGCAUCUUCAACGAGAUGAUUUUCGGGACCGGAGCGCCCCUGCACUGCGAUCCGCAUGCAGGGAAUUUGGCCAUCCGGCACCGGCCCGCCUCCUGGUGGUCCCUGUUGAGUCUCCGCGGCCGGCGGAACUUUGAUAUUGUGCUCUACGAUCAUGGACUGUACCGAGACAUUCCGGAGGACAUCCGCCGUGGGUAUGCGAAGCUGUGGCUCGCAGUGCUUAACGCGGAUGAACCGGGCAUGCGGAAGUAUGCGAACGAAGUGGCGAAUGUCGGGGAUGAGGACUUCCCCUUGUUCGCGAGUGCCAUCACCGGACGGGAUUACAGCGCGGUGCAAAAGGGGGUCGGAGUCGCCUCAAGGGAUCAAGAGGAGAAGAAGAUGAUUUCUCAGGCGCUAUCGGAGGGGUUGCUGACGGACCUAGUUCAGCUGCUGGGAAGGGUUCCACGGGUGCUCUUGUUGAUUCUGAAAACAAACGAUCUGACACGGGCGCUGGACGACACUCUCCAGACGCGUCGCGGCUCUGCUCGGGCGUUUCUUAUUCUCGCCCGAUAUGCAUCCCGCACGGUAUACGAGGAGCAGCUGGAACGGCUCCGGGGGAGCUUCCUUCGACCGUCGAACUUUGUCAGCUUGGUGCAGGCCUGGGGCGCCUUCGUCAGUAUCCGGAUCAAGCUCCGGUUCUACGAGAUCUGGCUGGGGAUGCGAAGCAGGAUUGGGAUGGACCCGGUGACCAUUUGAGCUUCACAUUUUGACAUUUGAGCGUCGAUUAUUGCGUAGCGUUUAGAAGGGAGAACUAGCGGGAUAGAGCAAUAGAGCACUAUGUACGGAGUAUUAGAUAUCUAGAAGCGGCCGUGUAGUUGAGGUUAGUCGACCUCGAAGUGUAGGUCAAUUUGACAUUACUCUUUCGAACAGUU